UUAUUUGAUACGCACGACAAGUUCAGUGACCAAUUUGACCUUAUUCCUUUUUCCUCCCCUCUCGUUUUGCUUCUUGUAAAUCGAUUAGUGUCGGAAGAGAAAUGGGUUCAGUCUCUCAGCUAAAUUAUCACAAUCCAAAAUUAACAAGUCCUUAUCUUUCCAUUACGCCAAAACGAAAUUUGUCCAUCACCAAUCCACACUACAGACAGAGCCUACUCAAGCUCCCAUUUCACCGUACAACAAAACUACUACGAAUCUCUUCUAAACUGUCUCUUUCACCCAUUCCUCAUAUACCCACUUCAAAUUCCUCGAAAAGGAAGGGAUUCGCAAAUGUUUUAUGUGAUAAAGUACUGAUUUCUGUUCUUGGGGCAUUUAUCUUUAUGGGUUCUUUUGGGUUUAAUGCUAGGCCAAGUUUGGCAUUACCUGCUCAGGAAAGUGCAUAUACAGAGGAAAUGAGAGAUACUCAGAUGAAGAAUAACGAAGAUGAGGAGAUGUAUGAAAAAUUUUUGGAGAAGGAGCCAAGAAAUAUGGAAGCUCUGAAGGUGGUUGUAUAUGGAAAGAUAAGAAAAGGAAAGACUAAAGAAGCUUUGAAGUAUGUGGAGAGAUUGAUUAAAACUGAACCUGAUGAAGUAGAAUGGAGGCUCUUAGAGGCACUUUGUUGGGAGAUGAUGGGGCAAUUUAGUAAAGCUAAAAGAUUGUUUAAGGAAAUCCUGGAAGAGAGACCUCUUCUGCUUAGAGCUUUGCAUGGUCUGGCAAUGGUGAUGCACAAGAAUUUUGAAGGUCCAGCUGUCUUUGAGAUGCUUAAUAAGGCUCUAGAAGUUGCCUAUCAUGAAAAAAGAAUCAUGGAGGAGAGAAACAUCAAAAUUUUGAUUGCACAAAUGCAUGUUGUGAUGGGGCGGCUGGAAGAAGGCUUGAAAAAUUUUCAAGAUCUGGUUAAUGAGAAUCCUCGAGAUUUUCGGCCUUAUCUUUGCCAGGGAAUAAUUUACAGUCUCUUGGAUAAAAAAGAGGAAGCUGCAGAACAGUUCGAGACGUACCGUAGUCUUCUGCCUGAAGACUUUCCUCAAAGAGGAUUUCUCGAUGAUGUUGUAUUGGCAGCAAAAACCGAAUCCAAAGAACGGUUUCGAAAGGAGUUUGAAGAUGAAUUUUCUUACAGGAAGUGAAGGGCCAGCCUCUCUCAUCUUAUAUUCCGCUGACGAAUGCUUUUAGCUGGAAGGUUGCCAUCCUUUGAAAAUGUAAUCUACUGGGAUGACUGAUGAGAAAAUUUCGGAAAUUAGAUUUUACUUUUUUCCCUUUAAUUUUUUUCUAUAUGGGAAUAUACAAAGCAGUGAACAGAAGCAUGCCUGAUUUUACAGUUAGUGUGGUUGCACACUGGGAUUGGCAUUUGAUAUAUUUGAGCAUUCAAAGUAUUAGUUAGGAGUAAGGUUUUGUAUUACUUUCUCAAACAGAAAUAGGAGCAACCAUGUGGAGGAAAUAUAUAAUUAUUUCAGUUAUGGAUCAAAGAAAGAAAGUUGAGUAGGAAAUUUGUAGCAGUGUUUGACAAUUUCCUAUAUUUCCCAUAUACCAUAUUUCUUGCAUUUUUAUGGUUGAAUUCUUUGUUAAGAAAUAAAAUAAUCUUUUAGUUUCUUCUUUUA